GGCCCCAAGGAGAAGCGGAUGCUGUCCUCCGGCACCGGGGGCAGGAUGGACCAAGGAAAGAGGCACUACCUUGGCAUGGAAUAUGAGACAGACCUCACCCCCCUUGAGAGCCCCACACACCUCAUGAAAUUCCUAACGGAGAGUGUGUCCGGAGCCCCAGAGUACCCGGAUCUACUCAAGAAGAAUAACCUGAUGAGCUUGGAGGGCGUCACGCCCACCCCUGGCAAGGCAGCCCCCCUCCCACCAGGCCCCAGCAAGCUGGAGGCUGGCUCUGUGGACAGCUACCUAUUGCCCACCAGUGAUAUGUAUGACAAUGGCUCCCUCAACUCCUUGUUUGAGAGCAUUCAUGGGGUGCCUCCCACACAGCGCUGGCAGCCAGACAGCACCUUCAAAGAUGACCCACAGGAGUCACUGCUCUUCCCAGAUAUCCUGAAAACAUCCCCAGAACCCCAGUGUCCAGAGGACUAUCCCAGCCUCAAAAGUGACUUUGAAUACACGCUGGGCUCCCCCAAAGCCAUCCACAUCAAGUCAGGCGAGUCGCCCAUGGCCUACCUCAACAAGGGCCAGUUCUACCCUGUCACCCUGCGGACCCCAGCAGGUGGCAAAGGUCUUGCCUUGUCCUCCAACAAAGUGAAGAGUGUGGUGAUGGUUGUCUUCGACAAUGAGAAGGUCCCAGUGGAGCAGCUGCGGUUCUGGAAGCACUGGCAUUCCCGGCAGCCCACCGCCAAGCAGCGGGUCAUCGACGUGGCUGACUGCAAAGAAAACUUCAACACGGUGCAGCACAUUGAGGAGGUGGCCUAUAAUGCACUGUCCUUCGUGUGGAACGUGAACGAGGAGGCCAAGGUGUUCAUCGGAGUCAACUGCCUGAGCACAGACUUCUCCUCACAGAAGGGGGUGAAGGGUGUCCCCCUGAACCUGCAGAUUGAUACCUAUGACUGUGGCUCAGGCACUGAACGCCUGGUACACCGCGCUGUCUGCCAGAUCAAGAUCUUCUGUGACAAGGGAGCCGAGAGAAAGAUGCGGGAUGAUGAGAGGAAGCAGUUCCGGAGGAAGGUCAAGUGUCCCGACUCCAGCAAUAGCGGCAUCAAAGACUGCCUGCUGUCGGGCUUCAGGGGCAAUGAGACCACCUACCUGCGGCCAGAGGCUGACCUGGAGACCCUGCCGGUGCUGUUCAUCCCCAACGUGCACUUCUCCAGCCUGCAGCGCCCUGGAGGGGCUGUCCCCUCGGCAGGACCCAGUGGCUCCAGCAGGCCGCCUCUGAAGCGCACCUGCUCGCCCUUCGCUGAGGAGUUUGAGCCCCUGCCCUCCAAGCAGGCCAAGGAGGACGACCUUCAGAGAGUUCUGUUGUAUGUGCGGCGGGAGACCGAGGAAGUGUUUGACGCCCUCAUGUUGAAGACCCCAGACCUGAAGGGGCUGAGGAAUGCGAUCUCUGAGAAGUAUGGGUUCCCUGAAGAGAAUAUUUACAAAGUCUACAAGAAAUGCAAGCGGGGAAUCUUAGUCAACAUGGACAACAACAUUAUUCAGCAUUACAGCAACCACGUCGCCUUCCUGCUGGACAUGGGGGAGAUGGACGGCAAGAUUCAGAUCAUCCUUAAGGAGCUGUAAGGCCCAAGCACCCGAGCCCACGGCCCCUUGGUAUGGGCUCCCUGCAGGGCCCAGCUGGGAGGUGGCCCCACGCCACAUACAACCUGUCCACAUGCCUCAGUGCCAUUACUUGAAUGCCUUUCCCAGGGGAAGAGGCCCUGGCGUCACAAACCCACAGAUCUCAGGCUGAGGAAGAGACCUUGGAGGCCUCCUGAUCUGAACCCCCACGGCAUGCUUGAACCUGCUCCUCAACUUCCUGCCAGUGCCUGCCCCUGCCGGACAGUGUCAUCCUGGUUUCCUCCUCAAAAGACCCUUCUCUGCAGUGGCUUUCCCGUGGCAGAGGCACACCCUCCCUCCCUCCCGCUGCGACGCCAGCUGACUGGACUCUGGCCCGGCCCCCACUCUCCAUCCUCCAUCAACUUCAGACCAAGGAUUUCUCACCCUUUGGUCAGUUAACGUGAAAACUCUUGAUUUUCAGUGCAAGUGACUUUUGAAAGAAACUAUGGUGGAAACAGCCUCUUUUCCACAGACUUCCUCAAUGCACGAUGUAAAUAACAGAGCUGAUUGGAACAAAUGACUGUUGUGUAGACUGCUGCCUUGCCACUCACUGUUGUACACAUUUCUUAUUUACAAUUUUCAUUUAUGUUAUAUAUAUAUAAAUAUGUAUUGUAUAUAUGUGCAACAUUUUAUAUUUUUCAUGGAUACAUUUUUAUCAUUUCAAAAAAUGUGUAUUGCACAUUUCUUGGACUAUUUUUUUUAGCUGUUAUGCAAUUAUGCAUUUUGUAUACUCCUAUGGUAUUUAGUAAUAAAAGUCUACCCGUGUGUUACUUCACAU